UUGGGUAUUAUUUUUUCAAUAAUUUCAUGGUCCUCUGAAUUACCCCAAAGAUUGUACUCUCUUCCUUUUGAAUCUGCUUAAACUUCAAUUGGAGGCUUAUUUUUGUUCCAUUCUCUUUCAAACAUCUGACAAUCAGCUUUAAUCAAACUCCCUAUUCCACAAUUUACUUCUUUAUCAAAUACCCGAAGUAGUGAGAAUUAUCUUGAAAGACUUGAUGGUCAUAUCCAUUCGGAAACCCCUUCUCCAAUUCUCCUUCAUAAUACAUUUCAUAAUCAUCUUGGAUUAAUUGAUGAAGUUUUGCAUUACCUUUCUUGCAAUUAUUAGUCCCCAAAAUCUUUCAUACUUCAUUCCAUCUAUAUUAAUUUCCUUUCCAAACCCAUUUCUUUGGUCUGCUUUCAAUUGACCUUCAUAUUUAUCACCAAGUUCUGAUAUAAAGGUUCCUUCCCCUCCUCUCUGUCCAUUCAGAAUAUCUCCUUGGCAGUUCGCGCCUGUGUAGUAUAUGAUAAGUCCUUUACCAUUGGGAGAGUCAUUCUUCCACUCUAAGAUAUAGAAUUUAGAAGAACAGUAUGCGAGGAUCCCACGUCCCUCUCUUUUGUCUGUAAUUUUGUUGCAUUGCCCGAAGUAUCUCAAAUCCCUCCAUUUUUUCGUAAAAUUGGUCUAAAUUCCAAAUCUUCUGUGCAAGGGGUGUCCAUAUCCGGCCUUUUCGCGUUAAAAAUGUGUCCACCAUAGCUU